AUAGGUGAGUUUGUCAGCGCGCAGGUAGCUUUCCUAGAAACUGGUCUGUUGUGACCGAAACUCGGCACAGGUGUUUCCCACCAACUUUGCAGUUUUCAGAUCUCCUGCCUCCUCUUUUCGAUGUGAUUAGAUGAGAUUUCGCACAAAUCGUUGUUACUCUAACUAUUCGGAAAGGAAUGUUGUGAAUCUAAAGGAUCUACGGAACUGUUCACUGGAUUAGUUCUCGCGCCAGAUACUGUUUUUUUCUCCUUUGGUACGUGCGUGUGAUCGCAAUUUCUGUAUGGCUUUUGGGGAACUAAAUAUGAACUCAGUGGGACUUUAUUGCGCCGUUCUCUCAAGUAUAGGUAUUUUGACGUGCGCCGCUCAACACUGUGGAAAACAACAGCUGCAGAAUAGGAUAGUUGGUGGAUAUGAUGCCGAGGAGGGGGCUUGGCCGUGGCAGGUGGAUAUUCAGUCAACAAAGACUAAUCGUCAUGUGUGUGGAGGAAGUCUCAUUGCAGAACAGUGGGUCCUGUCUGCUGCCCAUUGCUUCCCAAACCCCAAUGACCUCGGUGCCUACAUCAUCUAUAUCGGUCGUCACCAGUUGAAUGGCUGGAACCCGUUCGAGGUUAGCCGUCGUAUCCAGCGCGUGGUGGUGCCAUCAGAGUACGUGGACCCACAGGAGGGGGACGACAUUGCGCUGGUGCAGCUGGACAGCGAGGUGACCUGGUCGGAGCGCAUCCAGCCCAUCUGCCUGCCGGGGCCCAACACCCUCUUCCCCAGCGGCCUGCGGUGUACAGUUACAGGCUGGGGGGACAUCAGAGAUGGAGUGUCGCUGCAGGGGGCCGGCACCCUCCAACAGGUGCAGUUGCCCAUCAUCGGCCAGUCCAACUGCCAGAGCAUGUACGACACCAACGCCAACCCAAACGACGCCGUCACCAUCAUGAGCGACAUGGUCUGUGCUGGCUACCAGGCAGGGGGCAAGGACUCAUGUCAGGGCGACUCGGGAGGCCCUCUGGUGUGCCCCAUGGUGAACGGCACGUGGGUGCAGGCGGGGAUCGUGAGCUUCGGGCUGGGCUGCGCGCAGCCGAACCGGCCCGGGGUCUACGCCAAGGUCUCCUCCUUCUCCGGCUUCAUCCAGAGGACCAUCCCCACGCUGCGGCUGUACGGCAGCGGCACCCGAAUACACGGCGGAGCCCUCGCCACCGUGCUGGCCUCCGUCCUCACACUCCUCAUGGUCACCCAUGUGCUAAGAUAGAGGUUAACUACCCGGACUCGCAUGCACAUACACACGCACACGCACACAUGCACGCAGGGGGCAUGGUUAAAUGGCAGCAUUGCAUAUUUGCCACUUUGUAGUCACCUGGGUUUUUAAGAUGCUUCUACCCAGACUCACACAGUGAUGGGCCACCUGCAUUCAGAAGCAACAAUCCAGUGCCACACAUUCCAAAUGACUUGGUGCUGUCACCUCUUCCCUAUUUCCCUGUAGCCCUAUUCGAACAGGUAACACCAGGUCUUUUGGAAUAUGCGGCACUGGAUUGUAGCUCCCGAAUCCAGAUGGCCCAUCAUUGCUCUCCCACACGGACAUACACACACACACACACACACACACACACACACACACACACACACACACACACACACACACACACACACACACACACACACACACACACACACACACAGCAGGCACAGUACAGGGGCCAAGGUUACACAGCGGCAUGGGCACUCUGCCACUCACUCUCUCUACUCUGCGGCAUUCCACUGUAACUCGGCAAGGUUCCGCAGGGGAAAACAACCGCAGCACCUUUUCACAAAGCCCUCCUGUGCUCUCUCCUCUCUGUGUUUGCUGUCUCUGAUAGCAGUGUAAACAUGGCCAUUAUGUGUGUGGAGCUUUUGUUCCCGCCACAGCCACGCGGCAUUCCAUUCUUCUACUGCCUUCUACUGUAACUUGUAACGUAGCUUGUUGAUUUGCAGUAUAUCUUAUGAACUUGUAACUCGUCCCCGUAUUUAUGUUGUAAAGGAGGCCAAUGGGACCCAGGGUCUACAACACAAUCCUCAGAUGAUGCAUGGAUGGAUCAUAACGUCCCGUGCAGGGUCGAUGACAGUGCCUGGUGUUGUAUAUUUUAAUAUGAUAAAGGUCCACAGUGGCGUGUGUUUGUUUAAGAUGAAGUAGUUCUCUGCACUGCGGAUCGAGUUUUUGUGUAUCAACUUUUGUAUUCUUUUAUUUUUUAUACAUGUACGAUAUGAAGAAUCGCGUAGUUUUCACUCAAUGGUUGUUACAAAAUAUUGCAAUUAAAGUUUGAUUCAUAUGAAUUCUUAAAACCUGAA